AUUAGGGUUCAUUGAAUAUGGACAUGAAAACAGUUUCGGUGAGUUUCGUGGUUUUAGUAAACAGAUGACAGAAAAAGAAAGUGCACAAUCUGGCGAUCAAAAUAGGUUGCAUCUAUUCUCGGGCACUUUUCCUCUUAAAUCUUUCUUUUCAUUGAUUAUUUUAUAUAUAUAUAUAUAUUUCUUCGACCUUUUCAGACACUUUUUCCACAGGAAAAAAUAAUAUAUAAAAUAAUAUAUUAGAUAAUUCAUGAACACGUGAAAAUCUUGGAGGAGAAAGGCGAAAAGUGGAAAUCAAAAGAGUGUUGUUUCCAGAAGUCAUGGCGGCGAGAGCUCACCCUGUCGACGGAGAUGGCGAGCCGACCGCUGGAGAUAUCCGAAGUCUUUCAUCGUCACGGCGGGAGAGCCACGGGCCGUACAUCCAUAGAGUGGGUGUGCCUCCGAAGCAAAACCUGUUCAACGAGUUCAUGCACCAUAUCAGAGAGACCUUCUUCCACGACGAUCCUCUACGGCAUUUCAAGGAUCAGCCGAGAUCGAAGAAGUUCAUGCUCGGUGUGCAGGCAGUGUUCCCGGUUUUCGAAUGGGGAAGAAACUACAAUCUCACCAAGUUUCGUGGAGAUUUAAUCGCCGGUUUAACCAUCGCUAGUCUCUGCAUUCCUCAGGACAUUGGGUAUGCGAAACUCGCGAAUCUUGAUCCUAAAUACGGAUUAUAUUCGAGUUUCAUUCCACCGUUGGUGUAUGCAUGUAUGGGUAGUUCAAGGGAUAUAGCAAUCGGACCAGUUGCUGUUGUGUCUCUUCUCUUAGGAACUUUGCUUCAGAAUGAAGUUGAUCCGAAAAAGAACCCUACUGAGUAUGUCCGCCUCGCCUUCACGGCCACAUUCUUCGCGGGUAUCACUGAAGCAGCCCUCGGAUUCCUCAGAUUGGGAUUCUUGAUCGAUUUCCUGUCCCAUGCGGCGAUUGUUGGAUUCAUGGGAGGCGCAGCCGUCACCAUUGCCCUUCAGCAGCUCAAAGGGUUCCUCGGAAUAAAGAACUUCACCAAGAAAACCGACAUAAUCCAUGUCUUGGACUCGGUCUUUAGCGUAGCUCAUCACGGAUGGAACUGGCAGACCAUUCUCAUCGGCGCAAGCUUCUUGGCCUUCCUUCUCACAGCCAAAUUCAUCGGGAAGAAGAACAAGAAAUAUUUCUGGAUUCCAGCGGUUGCUCCAUUGUUAUCUGUCAUCAUAUCCACCUUCUUCGUGUUCAUAACCCGAGCCGAUAAAAAAGGAGUUGCAAUCGUGAAACACCUCGACAAAGGCAUAAAUCCUGUAUCCGCAAAUCAAAUCUACUUCACGGGCGAUUUUCUUCUCAAGGGUGUCCGUAUAGGUGUAGUCGCUGGCAUGAUCGCCUUAACGGAAGCGGUUGCGAUUGGAAGAACAUUUGCAGCCAUGAAGGAUUACCAAAUUGAUGGUAACAAAGAAAUGGUGGCUUUAGGUGCUAUGAAUGUUGUCGGUUCAAUGUUCUCUUGCUACAUAGCGACUGGUUCAUUCUCAAGAUCAGCAGUGAACUUCAUGGCGGGAUGCCACACUGCAGUAUCAAACAUAGUCAUGUCCAUUGUUGUGCUCUUGACGUUGCUUUUCAUAACUCCUCUCUUCAAGUACACUCCAAACGCGAUUCUUGCAGCGAUCAUUAUAAACGCGGUUAUUCCAUUGAUCGAUGUCAAUGCGGCUGUUCUUAUCUGGAAGAUCGAUAAAUUCGAUUUCAUCGCUUGUAUGGGAGCUUUCUUCGGCGUCAUCUUCGCCUCUGUUGAGAUUGGUCUCCUUAUCGCGGUUUGCAUCUCAUUCGCCAAGAUACUGUUGCAAGUUACGAGGCCUAGAACCGCGGUUCUAGGAAAGAUACCGAGGACGACAGUCUACCGGAACAUUCAACAGUAUCCUGAAGCGAGUAUGGUUCCUGGUGCACUCAUCAUCCGAGUCGAUUCCGCGAUUUACUUCUCCAACUCCAACUAUGUCAGAGAAAGGAUGCUGAGGUGGUUGACAGAUGAAGAAGAGAAGGUGAAAGCUGCAAAUCUACCCAGAAUCCAGUUUCUGAUCGUUGAGAUGUCACCUGUUACUGACAUCGAUACGAGCGGUAUUCAUGCCCUGGAAGACUUAUACAAAGCUCUCCAGAAAAGAGAUGUUCAGUUGAUUCUGGCGAAUCCUGGACCCGCGGUGAUAGACAAGCUUCACCUGUCGCAUUUGGCCGACAUGAUCGGACACGACAAGAUCUUCUUAACAGUCGCCGACGCAGUGGCUUCGUGUUCUCCCAAGCUCUUGGAAGAUGUUUGAAUCUGUAAAAAAAAAGAUGAAGAUGUUGACGAUAACGAUGGAGAAGAAGAAGAAGAAGAUGAGAAGAAAAUAAGUUGCUGAAAGAAAGCUCUCUGAGUUGUGCAGUUACGAGAGAGCGAGUGACUUUGCUUUUUCUUCUUAUGGUAUAGGGGUCAAAUGUAGUUGACCUCUGUGAGUCCCACCAUAGGGAAACAAGCUGAAUUUACGAAUUUACCCUCUCGUGUUUGUAAAUGUCUCUCUGGCUUCGGUUUCUGUGUUGUCUUGCCCCGCGUGUUAAUACGAAUGGUUUAAAUGAGCUUA